AUGUUUUCCAGAACCAUUUUCAGAGGAGCUCGUGUAAACAGCAGAAAUCUGCUAACUUUUGCGGGUCAAAGAACCAGUGUGGUUCGCUCUAUGCCCAAGUUGACUUCAUUCCAAUCGGUACGGAAAUACUCGGAUCAGCAUGAAGAAGAAACUUUUGAAGAAUUCACUGCGAGAUACGAAAAGGAAUUCGAACAGGCCUACGAUUUGUUUGAAGUGCAGAGAGUUUUGAACAACUGUUUCUCUUACGACCUGGUUCCUGCGCCAGCCGUGGUGGAAAAGGCUCUAAGAGCGGCCAGAAGAGUGGACGACUUGCCCACAGCUAUCCGUGUUUUCGAGGCCCUCAAAUACAAGGUUGAAAACGAGGAGCAGUACAACGCGUACCUUAACGAAUUGAAGGACGUGCGUGCUGAAUUGGGAAUCCCACUAAAGGAAGAGCUUUUCACCAACUAG